UUACACAGAUUUGAGGAAAAACUGAAAAACAUUACCGGUGGAUCCAGUACAAACUGGAUCAAGUCUCUUGGAGAAGAUAUUGAGCGCGAGUAUAGUAAGACACAAACAGUAUUACGGGAAAACGUUAGGAAGCUGAACGAAAUGGAAUCUGAGCUUCUUGCCUGCAAGGAGUUAUUUGUUACCGAAAUUAAGCAGGCACUAAGGGUUAAGCGCGUGCAAUACGAUUCUGCGAACCUAGAAAAUCUCUAUAUUUUGGUUAGUCUGUUAAGUUUCGAUUGGGAUCUCAUUAUUUUGAAACAGCAAGCUCACUGCAAUUCAAUUCUCCUUUUACUGCAAAAGGGUAAGGGUUUCGUUCCAGCCAAUGCUGUUUCUACUCCAGCAAAAUUUGAAAAUGUGCUCUAUGACAUGCAGGAAAUUUCCUAA